UAUAUGCCGGCGGUAUGGCGUGCACGUGAAAUCCUGUCAAAUCGCAUAUCCUAUCAUGCGCUUCUGUUUGAACAUCUUGCACCCGCUGUCCGUGUCGGUUGCGAACUAGUCGUUGUGCCUCCCAUCAUCCCUAUAGCCAGGCAUGUUCUCCCCCACCCCCUUGCCGUAUCUCGGUUAUAGUCUCGCCGAUUGGACCUCCCAAACGCCCCAUUUCCCGGGACCUCCACGGGGGUGUUCAACCGAUCCGAUAUCGGAACAAUUUCAAUGAAAGAAGACUAGCGUGCAUCUGCCGAUAUACCUGACAAUGCAGCAGACUGGACGCCAGGAUUGGCGGGUAUGGCUCUCCGAUGGAGGGCGUCCAUGUCCAUUGAGAGAAGUACACACUGACAGUGUCGGAAUCGGACAGACGGUCUCAAAAAGCCGCACCCACCAUCACCCAGACAGAUUGAACUGCUCAGAUACGACAAGAUGCAGGGGGCACUUUUAAGUGUCCUCGCGCUGCUUGCUGGAGCUGUAACGGCGCCUGUACUGGCUCAGUCGAGUCUAGAUCAGAUCACGUUUUCCUCAUUUACUCCCUCGUCAACGCUGAAGUCGACCAAUCUGACUGAUCUUGUUCAAUGGGAUGGAUACAGCCUUUUCGUCGAGGGGCUAAGAGUCGUGCUAUGGAGCGGAGAAGUGCAUCCCUUCCGAUUGCCGGUCCCUGGUCUUUACUGCGAUGUCAUGCAGAAAGUCAAGGCUCUAGGUUUCAACGCAGUAUCAUUCUAUACCUUUUGGGGCUUGCAUAACCCAUCGGAAGGCGUAUUGGAUUUUACAGGAUGGAAAGACCUGCAGCCAUUCAUUGAUGCUGCACAUCAGGCCGGCCUCUACCUCAUUGCUCGACCGGGACCUUACAUCAACGCAGAAAUCACCGGCGGAGGUAUCCCAGGCUGGGUGACGACUCUCAAUACCGAUUUGCGGACCUCUAAUGCGACUUUCAUGAAGGCUGUGACACCAUACUGGCAGCAGAUGGGCAGCGUCAUCGCUCAGAAUCAGAUCUCCAACGGAGGCCCCAUCAUCGCCGUACAGAUGGAGAACGAAUACUACCUCGACUCGAACGGAGAUAUUGAUACACAGUAUAUUGCCGAUCUUGAAUCACUUAUGCGAGGAUCAAACGUCACGAUCCCGUUCACUUUCAAUGAUGCAAGUGAGGCUGGAAGACUGGUCACUGGUCAGGGCGCGGUGAACAUCUAUGGAUUCGAUUCGUAUCCGCAAUCAUCAGACUGUACGAACCCAUACAUCUGGCCCUAUCAGGUCGAUCCAUCCUACCGACCAUUCUUCCAGAACACCAGUGGCCGUGUAGGUGAACCAUUCUUCAUUCCGGAGUUUCAAGCAGGAACUACACCUCUUGUUGCUAUGCCCGGCUUUGAUCAAUGCUUGCCGUUGUAUUCAAGCGACUUUGAAAAGGUCUUUUACCUUCACAAUCUCGCCGAAGGAGUCAAGAUGAUCAACUAUUACAUGGCAUUUGGAGGCACAAAUUGGGGCCACCUGGCCUUUCCACGAGCCAUCACGACAUACGAUUACUACGCUCCAAUUGCUGAAGACCGAUCACUUCAGGCUCCAAAGUAUUCUGAACUCAAACUUCUGGGACAUUUUGUCCGGUCGGCCAAGUCACUCCCAAAGACGUGGAUAGUGGGUUCGAGCAAUUCGUCUUAUACAAGCCCAGAAGGUGUGGUUCAGGUGGACGAGUUGAGGAAUCCAGACGAUAAUGCCGGAUUCUACGUCGUCCGACAGGCCAAUUCCAGCUCUGUCAGUGACACACAAUUUACACUCGAAGUUCAGACGUGGCAGGGCAAUGUGACUUUCCCAAUAACCCUGUAUGGGAGGGACUCGCGGGUGAUCGUCUCAAACUACUGCUGGGGCUUAUCCUGUAUCGCCUACAGCUCGGCGUCAAUUUUCACUUCGACGACGAUCGGCGAUUGUGAUGUGCUGGUUGUAUACGGCGAGGCCACCGACAACAUCCAAAUCGGCCUAUCAAGCUCAGAGAUGAAAAUGCAGCAGCUGGUCGGAUCCGCUACGGCUUCGUUGAUCGCGAACACUAGCACAUCGACGCUGCAGAUUCAAGUAGACCAGAUGGACCACUCGGUCUUCAAUAUUACGGGUGGCAAUCGGACUGUUCUCCUUCAUGUGCUCGACUCGCAAUCAGUCUCCAACGCCUGGGAGACCGUCAUCGAAAUGAAUAACACUUCGCCUUACUUUCGGGCGGAAAUGAGCGUUUCUGCAUUGGUAUUUGGACCAUACCUUGUUCGAUCAGCAGUCGAUAGCGAUGGAUCACUUUGGCUCUCUGGAGACGUCAACGUCACGACCUCCAUUGCGAUUGCCGCGGAUCCCAAAUACUCGUGUAUCAAGUGGAACGGCAACAAGCUCGAUUUGAGCCAAGAUGCUGCUGGAAUGAUGCAUGGGACGAUUCAGGGUGUAUGCGAGCCGGAUACACCCGUGAUCUCGAGCUGGGUCAUGGAGGACUCCUUCCCUGAACGUGAACCAGACUUCGAUGACUCACAAUGGGUCGUCGCGAAUCACACGCCCUCUAUCAAUCCCAACGCCGUGUACCCAAACUACACUGGGACCGCAAAUCUCUACAUGCAGGACUAUGGUUUCUACGUCGGAGACACGAUACUGCGAGGUCAUUUCAAUGGAACUGGAGUACAGACGGGAUUCAACGUCUCCUAUUCGCCCGGAACCAACGGAGUGGGAGCCAUGUGGCUUAACGGGGAAUGGCUCGGAUCAGCACUUGCGCCUCAAGCAGGAGGUGUGGAAGAUACCAACGCGACUUAUAGCUUUCCUGAGGGCUCCAUCAAAUCAGGAGACAAUGUCAUUACGAUCCUACUCGACAACUCAGGACUCGAGGAGACAGAUCAGUUCUCUGGGACUCCCAAUAACAUCAAAUCACCUCGCGGUCUUCGGGGCUAUUCACUCAUUGGCGGAGGCGAGAUGGAGUGGCGUCUACAAGGCAAUUUAGGCGGUAACACCAACUUCCCCGACAAAGUCCGAGGUCUGUACAACGCUGGUGGACUGUACGGUGAACGAGAGGGAUGGUAUCUACCAGGAUUUGACGACUCCACUUGGACCGCUGCGGAACCCCUCACCGAACCUGGUGUCACUUUUUAUCGGGCUGAGGUUAACCUGGCAAUUCAGGCAGGUAUGGAUUUGCACUACAGCUUUGUGUUUCCCAAUCAUACUGGGAACUAUCGGGCCCAACUUUUCGUCAAUGGAUGGCAAUUUGGCCGUCGCUUUGGUGAUCUUGGUCCACAACUCAGGUAUCCCGUACCACCGGGCAUCCUGCACAACGGAACGAACACACUCGCCAUGUCAGUAUUCGGUUAUAAUGACACGGCAGCGGAUUGGACUAUUGGCGAUGCUGGGUUGACGCUCGAGAUUGACUCAUACACUGCUUCUAGUCUCGACUUGAGCAGUAUGACGGUGGAUAGUCCAUCUUGGCACGAUAUCUUUGGCAGCUAGCCAAGGGUUAGGGUUCAGAGCAGGUAUAACGUUGGAUUCUAUAAUGCAUCUAUCUUGAUCUGGG